GAGCGGGAAAGAAACGGUGAGAAAGAAAGAGAGGAAGAGGAAGAGAGGAAGAAAAGAAAGCGGAAGAGAGGGAUGAAGGAAGCAGCAGCGGGUUCAUAUUGAAACAGAACCAGAGUUUUAUUAUUGAUCCUAUUUGAAGCUUCUGCAGUCAUCAUGAUGAAGAAGAGACUUGUCAAAACACAGAGGUCCUCUCAGCCCAGGAGGCAGAGCGGCUCCGCAGUGACUCAGGCGGACGAUGAGGAGCUGCCGAGUACGUCCCAGGUCAGCAGAGGGAUGGAGAGAGUCACACCUGCAGAGGUCGACAAUAAGACUUCAGAUGUGAUUCAUUACUUCCUGAUGAAGGACCAGGAGAAGAUUCCUGUUCGCCGAGCCGAUCUGGUGAAACAUGUGAUGAAGGAGUACAGGAACAUUUACCCAGAGAUCAUGAAGCGAGCAUCACGGGUCUUUGAGGAGGGGUUUGGCUUCAAAAUCGUUGAAAUCGACACCAAAAAUCACGUUUACGUGCUGAUCAAUAAGCUGGAGACAGCGGAGGGAGCGCCGGCCAUCAACUCCUGCCAUCCUAAGAUGGGUUUGCUGUUUGUGAUCCUGAGUGUAGUUUUCAUGAAGGGAGGAGCCGUCAGAGAGAUCGUCAUCUGGAACACUCUGAAGAAACUCCGCAUUGACCCGGGAGAGAAACACAGAGAGUUGGGAGACGUGAAGAAGAUGGUGACGGAGAAGUUUGUGCGUCAGAGGUACCUGGAGUAUGUGCGUAUCCCUCACACAGACCCAGUGGAGUAUGAGUUCAGGUGGGGUCAGCGAGCCAACGUUGAGGUGAAUAAAAGCAGGAUCCUCGACUUCAUGGCCGAGCUUCAUGAGCAGGAGCCUCAGGCCUGGCCCCAGCAGUACAGAGAAGCCCAUGGCCCCCCCCCCUCCACUCCCGCCUCCAGCCAGCCCAGCACCAGCAGCCACAGAUAGACUCUGAUGUUAUUAUUAUUAUUAUUAUUAUUAUUAGAAUCUCACUGAGUCAGCUUUCAUUUGUUUUAUUGUUC